GUCGAGUUUCUGUCGAGUUCCAUUCGAGUUUUGGCGGAAUUUCCCUCGAAUUUCCGCCGAGUUUCCCCCGCCCCGCCCGCGCGUGCACAUCAGCGACUCUCAUGCACUCCAGCGAGUCCCACCCUGCUGGUGGUGCCCAACCGUCAACCGUUUGAAACCGUGUGGCCCCAGAGGCAGCUCAUGGAAACCUGGUCAGCCCCAUUAUUCGUCUCUCUGAGUUUACACGCAGCUCACACACAUGGCUUCCCCAACGGCCUCUCGCACGACUAUGCACUCCCACUCGCGCAACGCGCCAACCGCCAGCCUCCGCCGUCCUCCACCGUGCUCAGACGCAGCUUCCCACACGCAUGCGCGCUCAACUGCCAGCUCCCACUUGCGCGCCUGCCGACUAGCGCCAACGACCCGUGUGCAUCACCCCGACCAGCUCCGUACUCCAGCCACGGAAAAGCUGGACAAGCUGGCAUGGAGCAUGGCGCAUGCCGUGCUCUACGACGGCGAGUUAGAGCAGCCGCGCUGGUGGGUGGGUUGGGCCCAGGGCGCCGCCGCGCAAGCCGCGGGCGCGGCGGCUGCGGCGGCGGCACAGGGCGCCGGCCCUGCGGGCGGGGCCGCCGCCGCGCAAGCCGCGGGCGCGGCGGCUGCGGCGGCGGCACAGGGCGCCGGCCCUGCGGGCGGGGCCGCCGCCGCGCAAGCCGCGGGCGCGGCGGCUGCGGCGGCGGCACAGGGCGCCGGCCCUGCGGGCGGGGCCGCCGCCGCGCAAGCCUGGACCGCCCUCGUUGACUACGUCAACACCCAGCGUGCGUCGAAAAGGGCCGCAGAGCUGUUGCUGCGGGAGGUCAAGGGGGCGCAGGCCACGUACAAGAAGGCCAGCACGCGGCACAUGGAAUGGGCCGCGGAGAUUCUCGCAGGCCUUGAGGCACGCCGCGAUCAGCUGGGGGCGCAGGUGCAGCAACUGACGCAGGCGCAGCCGUUGACGCGAGAGGACACGCAGCGGCUUGCGUCCUUGCGCCGGGAACUGCAUCGCGCUCGUCCGUUCACGCUGACCCCCAGCCCCUCCUUCGCGCCGAUCUAUGUGCCCCUUGACAACACGUCCAUGGCCCGCCUUCCUGGGCUGCUGCCCACCCUGGCAAGGCGCCAUGGCGAGGUCUUCGCCGGUGCAGGCGCGGGCGCCGUGGCACCCUCCUCGUUUGUCCAGGCCGCGUUUGGCGGUGGGGGCAUGCAGUCGUCUGCCACGCUGAACGCCGUCGGCUGGGGCCUGUUCCAGCUCGGGGGUGUGACCUCCCGCAACGCCCCCUUCGCCAACUACAUCACCACGGACGGGGUGGCCUGCAGCGUGGCGCGAGAAGCGCACAACAAGCCGCUGGCCAACUUGAAGCCGGCGACCGCGCCCGCCGAUGCGGAGGAGCUGUGCACCCUGGAGGAGAUGAAGGCCACGCAGAUCAUCGGUGUGGACCCGUGCGGGGGAGGGAAUUGGUUCAUGGCAGCACGGUCUCCGCUGUACCAGCCAGGGCCCUGGGCUUGGGAGGGUGUCAGCCCUGCCCAGCGCUCCCUGAUCGAGCUGCACGACAAGCAGCUGGAUGAGGAGUUGUUCCCUGGGCAGCUGCCGCCGGAGCCGCGUCGCAGGCGCAAGGGUGGCGGGCGUAAGGGGGGCCACCGCCGGAAGCAAUCAAAGCACUGGCAGCCGCGAGCCAGGACAGCGCGGCGGCGGCGCCAGAAGCGGGGCCGAUUCCAUAUGAGCAUGGGCCACUGGCGGCACAUGUCAGGCCUGGAACGACUCCAGCCAAACCGCCCACAGCUUGCGCCAGCCCUGCAGGCGUACGUCGGCGGCAUCCCCACGGCGGCGACCGCGUCGGCGGCCCGGUUUGAAGAGCGCCUGCGCUACCUCUUCGUCAGUGGGGCGGCAGGGCAGGCGGCGGGGCAGGAGGCGGGGCAGGCGGCGGGGCAGGAGGCGGGGCAGGAGGCGGGGCAGGCGAAGGCGGCGGGGCCGGCAGAGGCGGGGUCCCGGGGCGCGGUGCACGUGCUGUGGCACUACCACUUCUCCGCCUUCCGCCGAAAGCGCUGGGCUGCGUUCAUCCAGCGCGACCGCGCGCUCCACCGCGUCGCCAAGCAGCUCACGGGCGGCAGGCCCAAGGAGGAGGUGGUGGUGGGGUGGGGUUCGUGGGCCUUCCAGGGAGGGAAGGGCGGCUCCCCCAUCUCCGUCAGGGGCGGGCGCGCGCCGACGGGGCGGCUCAUCAAGCUGCUCCGUGAGCGCUACGCCAAGCAUGUGUUCAUCAUCAAUGAAUACAAGACCUCCAAGACCUGCUACAACUGCGGGUGUCAGGAGAUGGCCAUCAAGCGGCUUGGGGGGCUGAAGGAGGGGCAGCGGCCCUGGUCGGUCAAAGUCUGCAACGACUGCUUGACGACCUGGAACCGCGACGUCUCCGCCGCCAACGUGAUCCGUGUGCUCCUCCUGCUGAAGCUGAUGGGCUUCGAGCGGCCGACCAAGCUGCAGCGGCCGCCAUGGCCGCCGCCGGCGGCGGGGCCGGGCUGAGAGCCUGAACGGCGCUAGCAGGGCGUGGGGCUGAGGGUGCACGUGUUGAUUGGCGGCGAGUGACGUGACUAGUUUGUUAGCUGCGGGUUAGCACGGACUGUGCACCCCACCCAACCGGCCAUGUCCGGAUUUGCGGGGAUGCCAAAGGCCCCCAACAUAGAGGCGUGUGCUUAGUAUGUAGGCGCCCGCGUCAAGGUGAAAAAAUAGGUAAACCUUCAUCCUGGGACAGCUCCAACUAACGCCCAACUAACGCCGAACGAACUCGUGUACGGCACCCCCACCCCCCUCAGCCGUACAGGAGCUGCGGUUGGGUGUCGGUAGCUGCCGCGGCUGGGAGCUGGUAGUUGUACGGUGGGCCGGCUGGGACUGGCUGGGAAGCUGCCGAGCUUGGGGGCACGCACACGGAUCGUUGGUAUGAGUCGGGUAGCUGUACGGCUGGAAGCUGGAAGUUGCGCGGGAGACCGGCUGCGAAGCGACAUGAGUGCAUAGGUGUACGGCGGAGGUCAGGGGGUGGUGGCUGGCGGUUGGCGUGGCGCACGAGUGGGAGCUGGCAGUUGCGUGUGGUGCCGGCUGGGAAGCUGCGUGUGAGCUGCGUGUAAACUCAGAUGGGAUGCAUGGGGCUGCGCCUUUCCAUGAGCUGCAUCUGGGCUGCACACGGGAUUCACACGGACUGCACUGUAACUGGCGCGGCGGGUCCCCGCCGCGCUGGGAAGUGGCGUGUGGCAUGUAAUGGGAUGUGAUCCAGCCAGGUGAGGACAUGGCCGCGUGCAGUGCACUGCGUGCACCGGUGCGGCGCGUCGGUCGUCCUACCUACCUCCUCACACGCGGCUGCGGCUGACCGGCGUGGCGGGGGGCGGCUGGCGCCGCCCCCCGCCGUGCAAGGGGGCUGCACUGAAACUGGCGCAGCGGGGGCGGCGCCGCGCUGUGGGGCGAAAGGAGCGAGGCACAGAAACUCAAG